UUCUGAUUAAUUGGUGACAACAAUUCGCUGAUUUAAAAUAUUAAAUAAAUAUAUCGAAUUAUACAUUUGAGCUUUUCACCAGAAUGUGAAGUAAUCGCUUAGAUAUUUUCCAUCCUCCUAAAAGAUUUACCCACACAAAAGCACACAGAGGAAAAUAGUAAUACUUCCGUGAAAUCGUUAGUGUUGAAAAUUGAGAUUUUUGCGGAACUAGCUAGGCUGAUUACUGGAUUCUUUUUAUUUUUAUUUAUCCUACAUUAUAUUUUCCACAUAAUUUCUGCCAUCAUAAUGCAAUCUGAGGAUGCAAAGUACAUCAAAAAACGAUGGAAGGCAUCAAGUGUCGAGCCUCAUCAGACAGAAAAGGCGCUCAUUGUGAACUAUAAACUAGAGGCAGCAGUAUUUGCGGAGCCAGACAAUCCAAUGCUGGAGGAAAAGAAGGAUUGUCAACGCAUAAUUCGUCUAAAAUCUCUCAACUCGAAGACAGAUUGCUUGGCAUUGGCAAAGGAAGUAGUUGAGAAAUGUGAUUUGAUACAUGCCUCACAGUUGCAGGAAAUCGAACAGAUUAUUUAUUAUUUGAAAAAUAGAAAGGAGCCAGACUCUUCACAUCAUAGUCGGGCAGUGUCGUCCAGCAGAGUUUCAGGUUCAAAUAAAAAUGGCGGAGGCAGUGAUGAACUUGAAAAAGCCACGAUCCGUAACAUUGAUGAAUAUAUUGAACUUCUGUACGAAGAUUUGCCGGAACGUAUAAGGGGAUCAGCAUUUAUUUUGCAACUUGCUCGGAAUCCCGAUAAUUUGGAGGAGCUAGAAAAAAAUGAAGCUGUACUCAGUGCGUUGUCGCGUGUCCUUCGGGAGGACUGGCGCAAAAGUUUGGACCUUUCAACCAACAUAAUCUACAUAUUCUUCUGUUUUUCUACCUACACCCGAUUCCAUAACGUAAUUGUCCAAUACAAAAUUGGCUCGCUAUGUAUGGAGGUGAUUGAGUUUGAGUUGAAACGUUAUGACCAGAUGAAACAUGAUUUGGAACUAAAAAAGAAUCCAGAUCAGAUCAGUAGCAAAGAGAAAAAGAACAACAUGGAGAAGGAAACAAUAAAAAGCAUGGAAAGCUCCAUCGAUACAACAAUAAUGGAUGAAGAAAAACCAAAAGAUAUGGAACCUCCACGUAGAAGAAUUCCCGAGUUAAAACAACGACCAAAGUCCGGUAAUUGGAAUAGCUAUCAUGGCAACAUGUCAUCGUCUCUUAUAAAAACCCAGCUACUAAACAACAGCUAUCAUGAGAAUUUAUCGAAAGAGGUAAUGUCUCCAUUAGAGGCCCCCCUGUCGGGUGGAUUUGAAGAGAAGGGCUCCAAAACUGACUACGACAAAUUGAGCAAACAAUUAAAGUUAUUUGCAAAAAAACAAGAGCAACUGUUGCGCGUUGCAUUCUACCUUCUCCUAAACAUUGCCGAGAAUGUCAAGUUGGAGGAAAAAAUGCGUCGAAAGACCAUCGUUAAAAUGCUCGUUAAAACAUUGGAAAGGCACAAUAUUGAUCUACUCAUACUAAUUGUUACGUUCCUCAAGAAACUUUCCAUUGUGAAAGACAACAAAGACGACAUGCAUGACGCCAAUGUGAUUGAAAAACUCCCACGUCUUCUUCAAAGUUCCCAACCAGAUCUCAUCCAAGUCACUUUAAAGCUCAUCUUUAAUCUAUCAUUCGAUGGACAGCUUCGUGCAAAGAUGAUUAAAGUCGGCUUCCUCCCGAAAUUAGUUGCAUUUUUGAGCGAUGACAAGCAUCAUGGAAUUGCCACCAAAAUCCUUUACCAUAUGUCGCUUGACGACAAAGUAAAAUCAAUGUUCACUUACACAGACUGCGUUCCCAUCGUCACAGAUAUGAUUCUCCUGAACUCUUGUAGCAAAAAGUCCGAAGCUGACCUAGACUUGAUCGCAUUAGGUGUCAAUUUGGCUCUGAAUAAACGAAAUGCGCAGCAAAUGAUCGAAAACAAUCGUCUUCACAGCCUCAUGGCACGUGCCUUUAAGAACCAAGACACGCUGCUCAUGAAAAUGAUUCGAAAUAUAUCGCAGCAUGAAAACUUGAAGAUAUACUUUGUCGAUUUUGUCGGAGACCUCGCACGCAUAUUAACUGAGCAGGACGAGGAGUUUAUGGUAGAAUGUUUGGGAAUAUUGGGUAAUUUAUCUCUAGCAGAUUUGGACUACUCUCAAAUAAUGCACAAUUUCAAUCUGAUUCCGUGGAUCAAAAAUGUUUUGACUCCAGGUAAAUUCAAAGAUGAUGUAGUCUUGGAGGUUGUCAUAUUGUUGGGAACAUUUGCGUGCGAUGAAGCAUGUGCAAUGCUCUUGUGCAAGACUGAAAUUAUAUAUGCGUUAAUAGAACUGUUGAAGGCGAAACAAGAAGAUGAUGAAAUGGUUUUGCAAAUAGCCUUCGUGUUCCAACAAGUGUUGAGGAAUGAGAGCACACGUGCCUACAUGAUCAAAGAAACUGAAUCUCCUGCAUACCUGAUUGACUUGAUGCACGAUAAAAAUAUAGAAAUACGAAAAAUUUGCGAUUAUUGUUUGGACAUUAUAGCCAUUUCUGAUGAGGAUUGGGCUUCGCGCAUCAAGCUCGAAAAAUUCCGAAAUCACAAUUCGCAAUGGCUCAGCAUGGUAGAAACGCAACAAGAUGAAACGAAUGAUUUCACAAAUAAUGUGGACGAAGAAAACGAUUUGCCAAACUACUUGACAACAGACUACUUUGAUCAAUGUCUUCUCGAUAACUUGAAUGAUGAUGGCGAUUCGAACAAUAGAACGCUCUCUGCUAACUCUAACGGACGACCAACAAGUCGAUAUGGUCGUGAAAUAGAAACGGAUGCUGAUAUGGAAUACUUUGACUCGAACAAGAUGCAAGGUAGUAAUGGAGAGCUCUGGAAAUACGUGACUCCGCCAUCCGAUGAUUAAAACAUCUUUAUAUUUUUAAGAAAAGAGGCUUGCUGGCAAGUACUAUCAAAGCUCUCUAGUCAUUUAAAAAAAAACUACUAGCUCUUACAUGCUGGAAUAUUACUCAAAACUGCUUUUGCACGAUUAGAAUGGUAAAUUCCUGAUAAACACGAAAGGUGAAAAGUAAUAAUGUUUGUCUAGUGAAAACCAUAAGUGUUCAUAAUGUCUUAAUAAUAUUGUAUAUCUCUAAAUUGAUUUUUGCUUAUAUAGCAAAUUUUCUGAAAUAAAACCAAAAAUCACUGA